AUGAAUUCCCCCACUUGUUCGUGUCAGUUCGAUGACACUAUUCGCAACCUGAACCUACCGUACUAUGAACAAGAACAUCAUGGCGGAUUACUCGGCCUAGAAGAAAUAGUCAGGUUGGACUGGCGAUUCUCCAAUCUCAUACGCACAACACGGGACUGUGAGUGCUGCUUCGCCGACCUGAACAUCUUGAUUGCCACGCAAUCAACGUUGGAGACGGUCUUGAGCCUCCUCGAGACCGCACAAAGCACCUACGGAUCCCGAAUCAACCGCAGACGUAGACAGUCCUCUGAACAGUCAAUGGACGAGCUGCUGAACCGAUGGCCCAUUGGCAACGGAGGAGAAAUGAAGGGAAAUGGUUUCGUGCUGGGACGAGUUGUUCUCGGCGAGGAAGACUGCGACGUGAUGGCGCGCAGACUCAUUAUCAGCGCCAUCUCGAGAAUGGCCAGGUGUGUUCGUGAGCUGAGGGCGAGAAUUACGAGGUACAUGGAUAAUUAUUGUCGUACAUCGCAAUCAGCUAGCCAGUAUUACAAUUUACCAAGACAUGCUAAGGAAGCAUACGACGAGCUUGACGAUAAGUUGGGCACCAUACUGGCUAGAGUCUGUGCGGCAGUGGCAAGAGAGAGAAUCUGA